AUGUCAACGAGGAUGAAACGUGGGGCUUACGACCACGAGUACCACCACAAACAGAGCAAAUAUGUGGUUAAAGAGUACAGCAGUUCUACGGCGAUGGAGGAAAGAUAUGAGCACAAAACACAGUCUCGCAUCCAAGAAGUGGUAACCUCAAAGAUGGGGGACAAAUAUGUGCGUGAGGAGCCGAUGAUCAGGGGACCGACGUUCCUAGUCCGACUCAGAUCCCACACCGUGUUUGAGAAAACUCCUGCCAAACUCUGCUGCACUGUUGCUGGCUUCCCCUUGCCUUCUGUACAAUGGUAUAAAGACGGCUCGAUCCUGGGCAUGUCCUCGGGGCAGUUCCUCAUUGAAGCUAAAGGUGGAAUCCAUACUCUGGAAAUCCCAAGAUGCUCCACUGAUGAUACGGCCCAGUACACCGCUGUGGCCUGUAACAGCCAUGGACAGGCUUCUAGUCUGGCCUCCGUCAUCGUCAAGAGGUUCAAGGUGGAGGAGGAGAUCAGCUCAUACGCUUGGUUGCCUUACACAGCUGCCAUGCUUCCCAAGAUCCAGUACACUAAAAUCAACAUCACUUUCCUGGAGAAGUUUGGGCCAGUGUUUGCCACCGAGGGAGAUUCUGUCACUCUGACUGCCACCAUGACCCUGAGCCCCAACCUGGCCAACCUGCAGCCCGAUGCACAGUGGUAUAGAGAUGACACGCGUCUGUCUGACUCUAAGUGGGUGAAGAUCGUCACCGGCAGAGGCAUCACCUCCCUGAAUCCCAACCUGUUCAAAGACGACGAAGGCCUCUACACAAUACGCAUGGUCACUAAAGGAGGCACCGCCGAACAUGGAGCAUUCGUCUCUGUCUCAGAUGGGCCUCCCCCAAUCGCCGGUGCACCCGGUGCUCCUAUGGAUAUUAAGAUCCACGAUGCCAACAGGGACUAUGUCAUUACGUCAUGGAAGCCCCCAAAUACCACCACAGAGGGACCAAUCCUGGGAUACUUUGUGGACAAAUGUGAGGUUGGAACUGAAAACUGGACCCAGUGCAAUGAUCACCCCAUAAAGAUCUGCAAAUACCCCGUGCCCGGGCUGUUUGAGGGGCACUCGUACUACUUCAGAGUCCGAACCGUCAACUCUAAAGGAGUCAGCAAAGCCUGCCGCAUCUCUGAGCCCAUCGCCGCGCUGGACCCCACUGAGUUUGAGAGGCUGCAUGCCAAAAGACUUGGAGGAAACCUGGAUGUUGUGUCUUACCAUGAUGAAGUUGAAGCUGAAGGGAAGCCUCCGGGUGCUGCUUCAGGGAUGUACGCCUCAGAAACCGACAGGACUUAUGUUGUUUUGAGCUGGAAGGCACCUGUGUAUUCCAGCAAGGCUCCCAUGUGGUACUACAUAGAAAAGAGCCUGGCAGACAGCGGUGCGUGGCAGCGCGUCAACACUCAGGUUCCUAUCAGAUCUCCCCGUUACGCCGUCUUUGACCUCGCAGAGGGCAAACUCUAUCAAUUCAGAGUUGUGUCUGCUAAUAUCUAUGGAGCCAGUGCGCCGUCAGAGCCCACCGGCCCCAUCCAGACUCAGGAACUCAAAGGUGUGCCAUCUGCUCCCGGUCAGGUGAUUUCUACCAGGGAAACCGACACCUCUGUCCUCAUUCAGUGGGCUCCUCCCAAAGAACCCAACAAUCUGAUUGGCUACUACAUCGACCAGUGUGUAAAAGGGUCCGCAGACUGGACUUCGGCCAAUCACAAACCUCACAAGAGCACCAAGUUCGUGGUCAGUGGCCUGACUAAAGGACAGACCUACGUGUUCCGCGUGCAGGCCAUCAAUGAGCUGGGCCUCAGUGACGAAUCCCAGGAGUCCGCUCCUCUGACUGUUAAGGCUGCCCUCACCGCCCCCUCUGCUCCUUACGACAUCGCAUUGCUGAACUGUGACGGCCACUCAGUGGUUCUGAACUGGAAGAAACCCACUCACAAUGGAGGAUCAAGCAUCAAGGAGUAUUAUGUGGACAAAAGACGCAGUGGAGCCACCGUGUGGAGAGAGGUUCACAUCCCACCAGUCACAGAAAGACUUUAUAAGGCUGAGGGCCUGACGGAGGGAGCCGUCUACCAGUUCCAAGUUUAUGCAGCCAAUCUGGCUGGCCUGGGACCAGCGUCCAAACACUCAGCCGACAUCAGCUGUGAGGCCUGGACCAUGCCGGAGCCUGGCCCUGGCUAUGACCUGACCUUCAGUGAAGUGAGAGAUAGUUCAAUGUUGGUUGAGUGGAAAAAGCCUGUCUAUACUGGCUCUGGAUCAAUCACAGGAUAUCAUGUUGAGUACGCCAAGAAGGGCACUUCUGAUUGGACCACAGCCAAUGAGACGGCUGCCAGUCACCGCUUCCUCAAGGUAACAGGUCUGGAGGCGGGCACUAGCUACGUGUUGAGAGUGCGUGCGGUCAACGCUGCAGGAGUGGGAAUGGCGUCAAUGGCCUCUGAUCCCGUCACUGCCCAGGCUGUGGAAGGCUCCCAGGAGGUGUCCUGUGUUGUGGACGAGAAGUCCGGCGACAUUGUUCUCUCCUUUGAGUCCUGCCAGUUGAACGAGGGCUCUCAGUUUGCCUGGAAGAAAGAUUAUAAAGAAGUUACAGAUUUCUCCAAAGGAAUAGUGAUUAAGACCGAAGGCAGCCAUUCUAAGCUGAUCUUUAAGAACGCGGAUAAAGAGGACUUUGGGACGUACUCUGUUUCUGUCACCAGCACCAUGGGAGUGUCUUCCAGCCACACCAUCACUACUGAAGAGUUGACAAAGAUGCUGGCACUCAGCUAUGAAAUCAGACACCCAGUCAUCCCUCUGAAGUCUGAGUUGGCCUAUAAGAUUUUGGAGAGAGGCAGAAUGAGGUUCUGGCUGCAGGCAGAAGGCAUUUCUUCCAAUGUCACCUACAAAUUCUUUGCCAACAACAAGGAACUGUCUGGAGCUGAUCCCAACAAGAUGGGCCAUGACCUCGCUACAGGUAUCAUUGAGUUCAUGUUGGAUCAUUUCACUGAGGAAGACGAGGGGACAUUUACCUGCCAGAUCGCAGAUGGAGGCGGAAAAGCACAGAGCUCACUGGUUCUGAUUGGAGACGCUUUCAAGGCAGCGCUGGCUGAGGCUGAGUACCAGAGGAGAGAGUACAUCAGAGUCAAGGAGGGUCCCCACUUCAGUGAGUUCCUGACACUUCAUGUUGGAGAGGACUGCUGCGUCUCUCUGGUCUGCAAGGUUUCUAACUUGAAGAAGGAAUCAGCGUUCCUCUGGUACAAAGAAGACACAGAGAUCGUCCCGGAUGUGAAGCCUGACAUGACAUCAGGAGUCUGCAAACUCCCAAUUAAACUGUUUUCCCUGAAGACAGCGGGAGUUUAUAAGGCCACCAUCAGUGACGACAGAGGAAAAGAUAUGAGCCAAAUUGACAUCUCUGGAAAAGUAUUUGAAGACGCCAUCAACAAGAUCAGCCAACUGGCAGGAGCCAGUGCCGCAGAGCUGGCGAUUCACUGCACAGAAACAGGCAUCCAGCUGCAGUGCCACAUGAAGUACUACACCACCGAGAUGAACAUCGCCUGGUGCCAUGGUGAGACUAAACUCGCCCACAGUGACAAGAUUGUGAUUGGAGGAACCCCUGCUAUGGCAACCAUGGAGCUGAUUGAGCCAAUGGAGAAAGAUAAGGGACUGUACUCCAUCGUGAUCACCGACCCUGAAACCGCACACAAACGCGUACUGGACCUCAGCGGAGACGUAUAUGAGAAAGCCUUCGCUGAGUUCCAGAAACUCAAGGCCGAGGCCUACGCUGAGAAGAACCGUGGUAAGGUGGUGGGAGGACUGCCUGAUGUGGUCACCAUUAUGGAAAAAAAGACCCUGAGUUUGACAUGUACAGUGUGUGGGGACCCCAAGCCUCAGGUCUCAUGGUUGAAGAAUGGAGCCGAUGUGAUACCUGAUGAUCAGUACGUGGUCUCCAUAGACCAGGGCAGGUUUGCCAGUCUGACGAUCAACGGUGUUACCAUGGAGGAUUCUGGCAAAUAUACCAUGAUUGUCCAGAACAAAUAUGGAGGGGAGUCUGUGGAUAUAGUGGUCAGUGUGUACCGUCAUGGAGAGCAAAUCCCAGAGGCCAGACCGACUCUGACCCCUAAAACAAUGAUCCCUCCUAAACUCCCCAUUGAGAUCCCGCAGCCCAAGUCAGCCCAGCCCCCUCCAAGCCCCGCCCCCUCCACUCCUAGCCCCGCCCCUCCAAAAGCUGGAAGAGGAGUGAAGAGUCCCACUCCUACCAGGAGGAAGUAGAAAGCAUGACAAUCAUAAAUAAGGAAGACAGAUACUCACACACCGGAGCGCAUGUAAACAACUUCAGUCUGUCUGGACAAAUAUUCAAAGCUUCAAAUGAAAUGGAGCAAACACACUUGUGAAUUAGAGGGUCCAGAAAACCCUGAUAGCUAAAGUAAUAAUUCAUGUUAAAGUUAGCAACAACAAAAAAAUGUACUACUGUGAUAUCCCUGUAAGAACACAAAGCUGAAAUGAAUAACAUUCAAAAAACGAGUUCAUAUCAGGACUUGACUUGAUGAGAGAUAACUAAAUUGAUUGAAAUAAACUUUAAUGAAAUUUGAAUAAAGUUGGAAUUUAAUUUAAAUGA